AUGAACUCAAAGUCACUGCGCCGCCUCGCCGCCGACCACGGCUCCCUGCACACCGCCGGCCUUCCUCCCAACUACCUAUUCCCUCCAGGCGCGGAUGACUCGGCAGACCUCACCUCUCUAGACGUCCUUCUCGCCGGCCCUGUAGGAACACCUUAUUCCGGCGGUGUAUGGCGCCUACACCUCGACAUCCCACCCACAUACCCCGCAGCCCCGCCCACGGCGCAAUUCCGAACCAGACUAUGGCAUCCGAACAUCGACGAGGCCACGGGCGCCGUGUGUGUGGAGACGCUGAAGCGGGAUUGGAGUAGUAGUUUAAAGCUGAGAGACGUGCUCGUCACGAUAUCCUGUCUCCUCAUCCAACCGAAUCCCGCGAGUGCACUCAACGAAGCAGCGGGCAAAUUGGCCGUCGAGGACUGGGAGGGUUACUGUAGAAGGGCAAAGCUCAUGACGGAUAUUCAUGCUGCUGUGCCGCGGGACAUGGCCGACGAGGUCAGGCAAGCGCAAAUGAGGGGCGAAGACAAGGAGAUGCCGUCUGAGGAAUGUAUCGCGAAACCGACGUCCAAGGGCAAGGAGAAGGAGCGCGUCAAGAUGACGCCCGCGGGACCAAAGUUGCAACGUCCAGCGAGUGAAGAUGAAGAAAACAGGCGACGGAGAGGGGGUGUCGGCAUGCCGGGAGAGCAAAAUAGUGAUGCAGAGGAAGACUGGAUACCUGGACCGCCACCGCCCUCUGGGGGCGACAAGACAGCAGCAAGAGGAGGUGGUAGUCAUCAUCAUGCAAGGACGAGGAGUAAAGGGAAUAACGCUUUUGGCAUCAAAGGGCUCGCGAGACUCGAUACGGCUCCGAAACGCGUCUUUGGUGGUACGCAUACCCCGACGCCGACGUCGCCUGGUAUACCGAACCCUUUCCCCGAGAAGGAAGAGGAGAAGCACACUACUAUUGUUGAUGACGCUGAUGGUCCGUUCGUUACCGUCACGUCGAAACGUGACGCACAUGGCCUAAAGCUCAGCUCGACGACCACGACCACGACCAAGGCAGCGGCGGAGUCAACAACAGCAGUAGUAGUAACAGAACAAACAGAAACCCCCGACCUGCUCAAAUUCUCCCACAAGAACCCUUUUUCGGCUAUCCAACUCAACAACCAAAGUCAUCCUUUGAUCAAGGAAUUCUCGUAUAGUUGGGAAGAUGCGGCUGUGUUGCACGAUGCUACUGUUGCUGGUGGUACAGUGGAGGAAAAGUCACUCGUGAGGAAGAGACUGGCAGGCGAAGAGUUUGACAAGAAGAAGAAGUGGGAGAUGAAGAGGUUUAGGAGGGCUGGGGGGGAUUUGAAGAGGUUUAA